CGGGUUUCCCAAUUGCAAUUGAAUUAGAUCCUUGCUCAUCAUUUUCCGAUUUAAUAAGCACAGGUUCAGAGCCAUAGCGUUUCGUGUCUUCACCGAUUUCUGCUAUGUCCCGGAAGCCCCGGGCGAUUUGAUUGAGUUCAGCGGUGACUAGAUCAAACUAGUUGCUCUUAUCCAUCUUCUUUUACACUGACUACAGACUCUUUACCUAGUAUGAUGUUGCGAUCAACCUAGUAUGAUCGACGACGUGCAAUCUCUGGUUGCGACGACCUCAACCGCGUUCCCAGUGCCGACGUUGGGCUAAUAUUUGUACUGGCUACACUGGCUACAUCAUUGUAGCAACUGGAUCCAUCGCUGAACUUGAACUUGAACUUGGUAUACCAGUCUACCCGAGUGGGGCAGUUGAUAUCGGACACUCUGCUCUUCUACUAAGUUUUCCCAGAAGUUUCGCUGAAAGAUCCGGCAUAACCAGAAAUCGUAAGCCAGGAUGACCUCGAUUUUGGAGCAGACGCGAAGUGCGCAUGAGGCGCUCGAGCACCUCGAGAAGAGCAUGAGCAUCGUCCUGCAAGAGCGCUCCGAGAGCAGUGUGCCGAAGGCGCAGGUGGCGUGUGAGUCGCGACUGCGAUAUCUGUUGGAGGAAAUGCAGAAGCACGCACAACAGGCACUCGAUCUCUACGAGGAUAAGGAUAACAUGCGUGCGGAAGAGUGCGACAAAAUUGCUGGAGUCGACACGCAAAAACCAGAUGCGACUGUCUGGAACGCAUUCUACGAUAGAGUCAAAGAGGUACAAUUUUUGUUCGAGUCGAGGAGGGAGUUUCCAUUUGUUUCCUGAAAACGUCAGCGUUUGCACGAAGAUAUUGGACGUAAAUCAAUGUAAGACCAACUACGUUGUUGAUCUCAUUUAUUAAUUCGAUGUUACAACGACACUUGAACAAGGGGUAAGUAGGCAUACCACAUUAUCCAUUCCAAUACUUCAGGUAAAGAAUUACCAUCGGAAGAACCCAAUAGAGAAGACACGAAUUGAGACGACCGAUCCGCAUUGGUAUGUCACAAGGGCGAAAGAGAUAGACGACACCGAUGCCAAAUUUUCUGCCGAAGAGGCCUUUGGCAAGAGGCUAGACCUUCAUGCCCAUUAUCUCCGGUUUAUCAACAUGAAAAAGUACCGGGACAUUAGGGCGAAGCGGCACACAGAAAUGAUGCUGGUAAUUGAUAUGCAGAUAGAGUGUGAUUGCUAACAGCAAUAUUAACAUACAAUUUUCAACAUUCUGGUUGUCUGACUCUUUCUGAAACACCACAUCAACUACUUCUUUUGAAAUUAUAGUUUGUCUGACCACUAGCUAUAAUUUCAAUUGAGUCGAGAAACACAACUUCUGGUAGUACUUACAUCAACCCACCAGGAAGGAACCAAAAGCAAAACCAACCAAAACUGCAUAGGCUCGCUUGCGUCGAAAGAACCCAGAUAAAGACGUGGAUGUGACUGACCCAAAAGUUCAGGAGGAAAUAAAAUUUACGGAAGUGGACUACGUGAAGUGGCUACAGUCGCUCCACGAGUUCUGGGAGUGCCCACGACACUGCAAGUACCGCGAAGCAGGUUAUACCGAGUACGUUAAGCUUCUUGCAGAAUACCUCCAGGAGUUUAUCCAAAGGUCACAGCCGCUCCAGAAUAUGGAUCAAAUCCUGAAACAGUACUAAAUUUUUACCCAUUUUUCCAGUACCAGUCUAUGGACUUCUAUGUUCCCCAGUCCAGGACAUAGGAACAGGAGAAGACUCUGUACUAGUUUUACCCAUUCCAGUACACUAGACUACUAGUACUAGUUUACUCCUUUAUACAUGUAACAGUCUAGUCUCCUUUACAUAUAACAGUUCUCUAUGUUAAUAGCAGUACAGUUUUUAUCCAUUCAUCGCUAUUCCAUAGAUUCGACGAGGAGUUCGAAGAACAGUGGGAGAAUGGACAGAGGAGAGGCUGGGAGGAGCCAACGUGCAAGAUGGACCUAUAUGUGCGAGCUACCGACAGGCUUUUUAGCAACGCAAAUACAAAAGCAGGACACGAAAAGAGCAAAGCGUAAUAAAUUUAACUAUAAGACGAUUUUAGCGUGUCCUUCGACGAGUUGCAUAAGCUUCAUCAUACUCACAGGUCAGUCUUUCCCUUGUCAUACUCCCGUCAACUAAACGAAAUCAAAUCAUCCAGCGACGCUUAAUAAAGCACUAAGAACUUACUUAAAACAGCCGGUUAGAAGUUUUUCCUCUUCUUCUAAACUAGAAACUAGGUCUACUAUCGUCCCUACUGGAUGCAAUAAAGGUACAAAAAGCGCAUGAACGAGAUGUCAAGUUGGGGGCCAGGCGACAUUGCGAGUAUAGAGUCAGACUCCUGGAAAGAGGACACGAAAGUGGCCCGACUAGAGGCACUCUGCCAAAAAUUCUUGGACCUCGUGCAAGACCAGGUAUACUCCUUGUAGCAUGUUGUUGACUAAAAAGUACUUCUAGUAAUAUUCAAUUCUACUUAUGUAAUAGACUAUAGUAGACUAUCAAGUAUAAUUCAGAAGCGUAAUAUAGUACUAGCAAGUAUUUAAUUAAUUCUAUUGACAUACAUUUUUUUGUUCAAGAGAAUAUCAAGAUUUGGAUCUUCUUCGGUUCAACUCAUUAUUCUUAGGUAUCCCACUCUAAGUCCUCAAAAUCCAUUCCAAAAAACUGCAUAGCUGCGGGAGACAGUAAAUGUGUGCGAGCUGAAGCAGGCGAUGACUCCUGAAGAGUACGAGGAGCAUCAGGAGGAAGUCGAGCGAGAACAGGCGGACGAGGCGGCGGCCAAUGCUGCUGCAAUGUCGGUUGAGGAUGACGUGGACUCGGACGAUGAGAAGGGCGAUGAAGAUCGAGCCAUCUACAAUCCAUUGAAGCUACCCGUAGGGUGGGAUGGAAAGCCGAUCCCCUACUGGCUGUACAAAUUGCACGACAUGGGCCGGGAAUACAAGUGCGAGAUCUGCGGAAACCACUCCUACUGGGGACCACGCGCGUUCCACCAGCACUUCUCGGAGUGGAGACAUGCGCAAGGCAUGCGCGCACUCAAAAUUCCGAACACAAGACACUUUCGCGAGGUACUACUACUACCUUCGAACGUAGAGAUCUACCUAUCUACUAUCCUUAUCCACCUCUUAUAUACUAUCACUACCACUACAACAACGACAACUACUUAUUAAUUUUCUUCCAUCCUACUCUUAGGUAACGAAAAUCGUCGAUGCUGUGUCCCUGUGGGAGAAAUUGAAUAAGGAAGCGACCCUCACCGAGUUCAACCAGGAUACAAUUGAAUGCGAGGACGCUCAGGGCAACGUCAUGAGCAAACGCGCCUUCGAGGAUCUGCGAAAGCAGGGUUUGGUGUAACUUCCUCGAUGCUCGACGCUCCUUCGCGUUGUCAUUUGUUUUUUUCUCCUCUGAGGAUAUGAAAGUUUUUCUCCUUUUCACCGAACAUUAGACCACUCAAUGAGGUACAACUGAACUCUCUGAAUAAUGACAACAUUGGUUUUUCUCCCAAGAGGACCCUUCGCGAGAAAAGUUCCCGAUCUUUCGCUCUCAUUCCCCUAUGACGCGUUCCUGAAUGUCAAAAAAAAAAUAAUGAUUCGCAUCUUGUUUUUGAGACGACCCUUGUCGUGAAACCUUUUGAUGUCGCUAGCACGCAGGUAAGGAAAGC